CUUUGCCCGUGUUGACAACACUAAUGGUCGCUACAAAAACACGUUUAACAGCCGUUGUUGCCUAAUGAAAACCCGGUAAAGAACGGGAUGUAGCAGAUAAAAUGGAGUACGGGGAGAGACUUGCGCAUUUCCGUCAAACUCGCCUCAAUCCCUUUGAUCGCGGAGAAGAGGAAGAUCAACCUGAGGGAGGGAAGGCAACGCAGCAACAUGAGGCAAGUUCUGAACUGUUUUCGGGGCCCAAAACUCACAGUUCUGAUCGUGCCAUGGAUCUCGGCCUAGCUGAGGACCAUUUUUCCAGACCUGUGGGUUCUUUUGUGGCCUCAGACCUAGAGCAGCUGAAACUGGCCAUAGAAGAAUGUAAGAAGCUAAUCUUGGAGCUGCCGGAGCAUUCGGAGAGACAAAAAGACACUGUGGUCAAACUGAUCCACCUGCGACUCAAACUGCAGGAGCUAAAGGACCCAGAGGAAGAUGAACCUUAUCUAAGAAUCAUACUGGAGCACCGCUUUUCAAAGGAGAAGAGCAAGAGUGUGAAACAAACCUGCGACAAGUGUAGUACCAUCAUAUGGGGUCUAAUCCAGACCUGGUAUACCUGCACAGGUUGCUAUUACCGUUGCCAUAGUAAGUGCAUGAACCAGAUCACAAAGCCCUGUGUUCGGUCGAAGGUGAGCCACCAGUCGGAGUACGAACUGAGCAUCUGCCCAGAAGUAGGACUAGAUCGCCAAGACUACCGCUGUGCCGAGUGCCGCACUCCUAUUUCCCUUAGGGGUGUUCCCAGUGAGGCCAGACAAUGUGAUUACACAGGUCAGUAUUACUGCAGCACGUGCCACUGGAACGACACGGCUAUCAUUCCAGCUCGGGUCAUCCACAACUGGGAGUUUGAACCACGCAAGGUUUGUCGCUCCUCGAUGCGUUAUCUUACGCUCAUGCUGCCCCGACCUGUGCUGAAGCUGAAGGAAAUCAACCCGCUGCUCUUCAACUUCGUGGAAGAGCUAGUUGAAAUCAGGAAACUUCGUCAUGAUAUUCUGCUGAUGAAACCCUACUUCAUUACUUGCAAGGAGGCAAUGGAAGCUCGGCUGCUGCUUCAACUGCAGGAUCGGCAGCACUUUGUUGAGAACGACGACAUGUACUCACUACAGGAUUUGAUUGACAUCUCCACUGGGAGGCUGAGCUGCUCCCUCACUGAGAUUCACACAACAUUUGCCAAACACAUUAAACUGGACUGCGAGCGCUGCCAGGCCAAAGGCUUCGUCUGUGAGCUUUGUAAGGAGGGAGACAUCCUGUUCCCCUUUGACAGUCACACCUCAUUGUGUCACGAGUGUUCUGCUGUCUUCCACAGAGACUGCUACUAUGACAACUCAACAACAUGUCCGCGAUGCGCUCGAAUGACCGACCGCCAGCAGGAUGAGGUGGAAGAAGAGAAAUGAGCUGGACUCCAGGAAGAAACAUGGGAUGCUGAGCAAAGCUAGCUUCUCCCCUUAGUCUAAGUUUGGUUUGUUUUCUUUUCUUUGUCUCAACAGUGCACUACUAUAUAAAACAGGGAACUAAAACAUUAACAGUUUGGUGGACUGCACACUGUGUACCUGUUGGGAGAUCUGUGAUCAUGGCUGCUUGUAUAAGUUUACAUUUUAAUUCCCUUCAGAAGAAUUGGGAGGAAGGAGCUGUUUAUUGCUGCUCUUGCAGAGAAAUUAGCUUAUUUGCUUUAAUGUGUUAAUUCAAAAAUUUCAGCUUUCAAUCAUAGAGUGAUAAAAUGUUAACCGUUCUAAACAUGCUACUCCUCAUCUUUUGUGAUUUUCAUUUAGAGCCAAAACCAUAUCCUCAGUAUCGACUAUUAAGUCAGCUGUCAAAACUAAACAGACAAAAAUAAUAGUUUUUUUUAUUAUAAUUCUGCAGAUUCAUUUAUUUCUUAUAUUUACAAAGAUAACGCUAUGAUUCAGUUUUAACAAUUGAUGGCUUCAAUGGUCUUUAUAUAAGAAUAACUUUAUUUACAGGGCAAACUGCAAUAUUCAUUUUCAUCAUUCCAUUUGUUAGUUUUUUUUCCCACUAUCAGUAGAGAGAACCUGUUAGCUUAUACUUUGAUUUAGUAAAAAGUAGCAACAUUACUCUACAUUCAUAGUAACCAAAUGUUAACCGGAGCAUGCCUCUGCAGUAUCUUUUGGACUUAAUGGAUUAAUUGUGCUUCUCUGUUCUGUUAUUUAAAGCUGUGAACUGUUUUGUACAUUCAGGGCGUUUUUAUGGAUCUGAGUGCAGUUUUGGUAGGUAAUAGCUGACACCUCUGCUGAACAUUGGUAAGAUGUUCACCCUACAGCUGCUAUCCAAACAUUUCAUUACCAUUGUUUUAAUGGUCUCAGUCUUAUGCUAUUGAGAACAUGUUUUGUGCAGACAUUAGUAUAUUAGCUGGUAAAUCUGUGAUCAAUUGGAUAUAAAGUUUUUGUUUUUUAAAUAAUUGUUUGGCUGUGUUCUUCUUCAGGAGCAUGAAGUACUGUAAAUAUAGUGUUUUUUUUUAUUUUUGAAAUUAAUAAACAUACAUGGUUUUUGUGAAUGCAAUGCCCUGAUGUAAAACAACUGAUCAAUGCAUAAAUAAAAUAACCUGCUAAUUGAU